AUGGCGCUUCCAAGCUCGUUCCCCUCUUCCUCGUUUCCGAUUGAUCCAGGCGGAGCAUCUCCAGCAAAGAUCUCUAAUCGCGAGAACCUGCGACAAAAUCGCGAUUUAGAGAAGAAGCUUCAGUCUCCCUCUCUUCCGGCGACGAUUCCAGCAGCGAAGGUCCCUUCCUACGCAGCGAGGUUCAAAUCGUCUCUGCGAAACCUCAGAAAAAUCUCAGAUCCGUCCUUCUUGGAUGACGGCACACCGGUUGUUCAGGCGCCGGAGUCAGUGCUUCUCCAGACCUCGGAGCUCUGGAAAGACCACGUAGUUGCUCAUUUCCACGGUAGACGUCCCUCGGCGGCGAAGAUUAUCACGGACUUGAACCCAGUGUGGGGUAAGUUCGGGAACAUCACAGUCCGUACGGUCUCAGAAACUUGUGUCUUGAUUUUCAUACCUUCAAUUCAAACCAGAGAAUGGGUUCUUCAAGUUGGCUAUUGGCAAGACGGUAUCAGUGUGGUGGCUAGUGGCAUUGGCGAUCCGUUGCAUACUGAGAAGUCUCGCUUAGACCCAUAUCACUUCGGAGAUACUAAAGUCAAGGUAGAGAUUGAGCUUUCAAAAACUCCUCCAGAGGUUGUUGAAGUUCGUGAUACACAAGGAAAUUCGGUGAGGAUUAAUGUCGAGUAUCCCAGCUUGCCUCCUAAGUGCAUCAAUUGUGGGAAGUAUGGGCAUUUGAUGAAUCGAUGUCAUAAAGCGCAGAUGAAGAAGACUCAGUAUCCGAUACAGACUCAGAAAAAAGAGAAAGUCAUCAGUGUUGUUAAGGCUAAAGAGGAUGUGUCUCUAGCUGAAGUCACCAAGGAAAAUGUUUCGUUACAGAAGGGGGAGAUGUCUCAGGAGGCUAAGAGCAGACAGCGCUCAAGGUCCCGAAAGAGGUCCAGGUCCAGAGCUAAGGCCCGAGCUAGAGCCUUGAGUUCUCCACCGGAAGUUCUUUCUCAGGUUGUCCCACCCGUUCUGGAGUCAAAGAGCGUUGAGGUUUUGAUGUUGGAGUCUGAUAAGCAGGUGUCUCCGGUUGCUAUCGAAUCGAUGAAGUCAGAUACAGUGGCGGUGAGUGGUAAGGAGAGGAUUCAGUUGGAAGAAGGUGAAAUCGGUGAAGAAGAAGUGGUAGUCUCGGAGCAGUUGAAAAAGAGGUUUUUGGAAGAAUCGUUGAGUAAUAAAGAAGUGGAAGAACCAGUCUGGUUUACUAAACAUUCAAAGAACUAUAGGCGUGCAGUGAGGCAACUGGAACUGUGGAAAUCCAUGGGAGCGGUGGGGUCUCCUCCAAAAUCUUCAAAGUUUCUUCUUCAAGGAGCAUUGUUAGAGACUCAUGUUCAGGAGGAGAACUUCAGUAGUGUUGUGGGAGCGGUAGCUCCGGGCUGGAGGUUUGAUAGUAAUUACUCGGAAGCUGCAGGUGGUCGUAUUUGGCUCCUUUGGAAUCCGGCUCUGUCAGUGGUGGUUUAUCUGAAGACUGAUCAGUUGAUUCUCUGUGGGGUGUUGGAUCCGGCUACAUGGAUUGAGUGCACGGCGGUCUUUGUGUAUGCUCGUAACACAGAAGGAGAGAGGCGUCGUUUGUGGAGGGAUCUUGUUACUAUUGCUUCUAACCCUCUGGUGAUAGCGUCUCCGUUAGUGGUUUUAGGGGACUUUAAUCAGAUUCUUACAGCUUCGGAACAUUUCUCGCUAGCCCCUUAUGAUUUGCCUGUUAGGGGGAUGGAAGAAUUUCAGAAUUGUCUGCAAGAAAGCAGUUUAUCGGAUAUGGACAUUAGAGGUACCUUUUUCUCGUGGAGUAAUAAUCGACCAGAUGAUCCAAUUCUUAGGAAGUUGGAUAGGGUUAUGUGUAGCGAGAAGUGGAGAGACAGGUUUCCAGAAGCGGUGAGUUUGUUCGAAGCUCCCGGAGACUCUGAUCACUCUCCAGCAGUUGUCGCUUUUUCCUCUAAUUCUCAGAUCAGGAAAUGCAGCUUCAAGUAUUUCUCUUUUAUAUCCUCUCAUCCGAGAUUCUUGGAAGAGCUGAAAAGGGCGUGGGAAGAGAGCAUUCCGGUUGGCUCGAAGCUCUUCUCUUUGGGGCAGAGGCUGAAGAAAGCGAAAGCUACCUGUAGGAGGCUCAACAGAGAAGGGUUUGGAAACAUCAAACAUAGAGCUAAAGAAACGUUGGAUGCUUUAAAGGAGAUUCAACUUCUUUUGCUCACCUCCCCUACAUAUUCUUUAUUUCGGCAGGAAUUUGUGGCUAGGAAGAAGUGGCAGUUUUUUGAGGAUGCUCAGGAGGUCUUUUAUAACAGGAAAGCGAGAAUCAGAUGGUUGGAUUGUGGAGAUGCGAGUACUAGGUUCUUCUUCAAAGCAGUGAUAGCGCAUCAGAUGAGAAACUGUAUUAGCUACUUGUCAGAUGCAUAUGGUAAUCGGAUAUUUAAUAGAGAUCAGAUUAAAGAAAUGGUUGUGGCGUUCUUUCAGAAUCUGUUGGGUUCAGAGGAUGGUCAAGUCCAAGAGGUAUCAGUUCAGGAGCUCAGAGAUUUGCUUGUGUACAGAUGUCCGCAGGAGAUAUCGGAGCAGCUAGUGUUGGUUCCCUCGGAGGAGGAGAUUAUAGCUACCUUGUUUGCAAUGCCGAAGAACAAAGCGCCUGGGCCAGAUGGCUAUGCUGCGGAGUUCUUUUGGGAGUCGUGGGAGAUUGCAGGCAAGGAUACAGUUGAGGCAAUCAGAGAAUUCUUUGUUGGUGGUCGCCUGUUGAGACAGUUCAAUGCUACAUCGAUUUCGCUAAUCCCGAAAGUGGUAGGAGCUGAUCAUCUCUCUCAAUUCCGCCCUAUUUCUCUGUGUUCUACUAUCUAUAAAACAAUGGCCAGACUCCUCAAGAAGAAGUUAAAGCUUUGUGUGUCGGAGAUCGUACAGCGAAACCAAGUGGGUUUUGUUCAAGACAGGCUAUUAUGUGAGAACGUCCUUCUCGCGACGGAGCUGGUCAAGGACUUUAAUGCUCAAGGUCCGACGACAAGGGGUUGCUUAAAGAUAGACAUCUCAAAGGCUUACGACAACCUUAAUUGGGAUUUCAUGUUGAAAGUCUUAAGUGCGCUUGAUCUUCCGGACAGAUUCGUUGACUGGAUUAAAGAAUGCAUAACUUCGCCAUCCUAUAGCAUUGCUCUAAAUGGUGAGCUUCAAGGUUUUUUCAGAGGUAAAAAAGGGCUUCGUCAAGGAGACCCUAUCUCCUCUCUCCUGUUCGUUAUUGCGAUGGAUGUUCUCUCUAAAAUGCUGGAUAAAGGCGCUAUAGAGGGUGUUUUUCGCAUUCACCCGGAGUGUGAAGCGCCUUUGAUAACUCACUUGAGUUUUGCGGAUGACGUGUUGAUAUUCUUUGACGGUUCAGAGGAUUCUCUUCGUGGAAUUUUAGGUAUUCUAGAGGAUUUCAGAAUCAUCUCUGGUCUCAAGAUUAAUAGGCAAAAGUCGGAACUAUUACUUGAUGGAGGAAGCUCGAGCAGGUGUAGAAAUCUGGCCAGUGCGUUGGGAAUAGCUCAAGGGGCUCUUCCUCUUCGGUAUUUGGGAGUUCCGCUUUCUCCAAAGAAGAUGACUCGAUCAGAUUUUCAGCCUUUGUUGGAUAAGAUUUCUGCAAGAUUUAGCUCGUGGACAGUGAAGCAUUUGUCUUUUGCGGGGAGGUUUCAGUUAAUUCAAGCAGUGAUAUACUCAACGAUUUCUUUCUGGGCUUCAAUGUUUAUCAUUCCGGCUGAGUGUAUUUCGAUUCUGGAAAGGAUGUGUGGGGCUUUCUUAUGGAAUGGAGCACCGAAUACUGCUAGAGGGGGGAAGAUUGCCUGGGAUUCAGUCUUGACAGGUUUGAGCAUUGAUGCAGUUGUGGCAGAUGCUUUAACAAGCGAUGGCUGGUGGCUGGAUCGGAGUAGGAGCAGAAGCCCGGUAAUCACUUUGCUAAGGGGGUGUUUGCCUAAUGCACAAGAGAUACUAGCCUUUCCCUGGCACAAGGCAGUGUGGUUUGCAGGAAGGAUACCGAAGCACGCAUUCAUAACAUGGAUCGCGGCUCGGAAUAGAAUGGUAACGAGAGACAGGCUCAUUAGAUGGGGGUUGUCGGCUCCGGCUUGCUGUGUUCUGUGUGCAGGUAAUGAGGAAUCCCGUCAACACCUAUUUUUUGAUUGUGCUUUCAGCAACCAAGUCUGGUCGUUCUUUGUUUCACGAUUGCAUUUGUCGCCGCCGGUAGCUUUUGAGGAGGUUUUGAUCUGGCUGAAAGCGCCAUCUCGUGAUGGUAAUGUUACUCUGAUUAUUCGACUCGUUUAUCAAGCGGUCUUGUACUUACUCUGGAAGGAAAGAAAUAAGAGAAUUCAUACAGCAGUUGAAAAGCCUCCAGGAGCUAUUAUAGCAGAAAUUCAGCAGCUUAUUAAACUCAGGUUGGAUCCUCUGGCUAGAAGACAUGUUAUUACUCCGGGACAGCCCUCGGUUUUUGAGUUGGACCUGUUUGGGCCUGAACUCGUUUUGUAG